AUGAACCUCCGUAUGCGUCUUAUACUGCGCCUCUCAAGCUCUCACUCUCGCUCUCACUCUCAGCUCCGCCGAAUCACCACCGCAUCACCGUCGAUCUUCACACCUCUCAGUCUCAGCCACCGUCGACUCGCAACUGCAACCUCCACAAGCCGUUUCUGGCUUUGCCUUCUGCGCAGAUUUCAUACCUCGAACAAUCUUCACUGUUCACCAAUGGAGUCAUCCUCUGACAACAAGAAAGAGCAAGUGCCACCCGCAAUUGAAGACCCUGAAAAGAAAAAGAAGAAGGAAGAAAAGGCUAGGGAGAAGGAAUUGAAGAAACAGAAAUUUCUUCAAAAGCAAGCUCAGCAACAAGUGCAACAGCCAUCCAAUGCUUCUAAAAAGAGUGAAAAGAAAACUGUGAAGCGUGGUGGCGCACAGGAUGAGAAUCCUGAAGAUUACGUUGAUCCUGAGACUCCAGUGGGUGAUAAGAAGCGUAUGUCUCAGCAACUGGCGAAACAGUAUAGCCCAGCUGCAGUGGAGAAAUCGUGGUACGAGUGGUGGGAGAAAUCAAAUUUUUUUGUGGCAGAUGCUAACAGCUCCAAACCACCUUUUGUUAUUGUUUUGCCUCCACCGAAUGUGACUGGUGCUCUCCAUAUAGGUCAUGCCCUAACAGCUGCAAUAGAGGACAUGAUGAUUCGGUGGCGAAGAAUGUCUGGAUACAAUGCUUUGUGGGUGCCUGGUAUGGAUCAUGCUGGGAUUGCCACACAGGUGGUUGUGGAGAAAAAGAUAAUGCGUGAAAGAAAAUUAACCAGACAUGAUCUGGGCCGUGAGAAAUUUGUCUCUGAGGUUUGGGAAUGGAAAAACAAAUAUGGGGGCACAAUAUUACAACAGCUACGCAGAUUAGGAGCCUCUCUGGAUUGGUCUCGUGAGUGCUUCACUAUGGAUGAAAAAAGAUCUAAGGCUGUGACAGAGGCUUUUGUGAGGCUUUACAAUCAAAAGCUUAUCUACAGGGACCUCCGUUUAGUGAAUUGGGAUUGUGCGCUACGAACCGCAAUAUCUGAUAUUGAGGUGGAUUAUAUUGAUAUAAAAGAAAGGACCCUACUAAAGGUUCCAGGAUAUGACAAACCGGUGGAAUUUGGAGUUCUAACAAAAUUUGCUUACCCUUUGGAUGGUAACCUAGGUGAAAUUGUUGUUGCCACAACUAGAAUAGAAACUAUGCUUGGUGACACUGCAAUUGCCGUACAUCCUGAAGAUGGCAGAUACAAGCACUUUCAUGGAAAGUUUGUUGUUCAUCCAUUUAACGGCAGAAAACUUCCUAUAAUUUGUGAUGCUGUUCUUGUUGAUCCAGAAUUUGGGACGGGUGCUGUUAAGAUUACACCCGCCCAUGAUGCAAAUGAUUUUGAGGUGGGAAAACGUCACAACCUUGAAUUCAUUAAUGUUUUCACUGAUGAUGGCAAGAUAAAUUCUAAUGGAGGCUCUGAGUUUUUGGGUAUGCCACGUUUUAAACUUCGAGAAGCAGUAAAAGAAGCCUUAGAAAAGAAGGGGCUUUAUAGAGGUUCUGAAAACAAUGAGAUGCGCCUCGGUGUCUGUUCAAGAAGCAAUGAUGUUAUUGAGCCCAUGAUAAAGCCACAGUGGUAUGUCAAUUGCAAUGAUAUGGCUAAACAAGCUCUUCAUGCUGCCGUGGAUGAAGAAAAUAAAAAGCUAGAGAUUAUUCCAAAACAAUAUUUAGCUGAUUGGAAGAGAUGGCUAGAAAAUAUACGUGAUUGGUGCAUUUCACGUCAGCUAUGGUGGGGUCACCAAAUACCUGCAUGGUAUGUGACUUUAGAGGAUGACAUACUGCAAGAAUUUGGCGCUUACAAUGAUCAUUGGGUAGUGGCAAGAAACGAAGAGGAGGCCCGAGAGGAGGCUAGCCAAAGGUAUAAUGGAAAGAAGUUUCAAAUAGGCCAGGACCCUGAUGUUCUUGAUACAUGGUUUUCUUCUGGUUUGUUUCCGUUAUCUGUGCUGGGAUGGCCUGAUGACACAGAAGACCUGAAGGCAUUCUAUCCAACAUCUGUUUUGGAAACUGGCCAUGAUAUCCUAUUUUUCUGGGUUGCUCGGAUGGUGAUGUUAGGAAUGAAGUUGGGUGGUGACUUGCCUUUUAGAAAGAUUUAUUUGCACCCAAUGAUUCGCGAUGCACAUGGGCGCAAGAUGUCCAAGUCCUUGGGGAAUGUUAUUGAUCCCAUUGAAGUGAUAAAUGGGAUAUCACUGCAAGGUCUGCACAAAAGGUUAGAAGAAGGUAAUCUUGACCCCAGAGAACUAGCUAUUGCCAUAGAGGGUCAGAAGAAGGACUUUCCAACUGGUAUUGAGGAAUGUGGUGCUGAUGCUCUCCGUUUUGCACUAGUCUCAUAUACAGCUCAGUCCGACAAAAUUAACCUAGAUAUUCAAAGGGUGGUUGGGUAUCGCCAAUGGUGUAAUAAACUGUGGAAUGCUGUUCGAUUUGCUAUGAGCAAGCUUGGAGAUGAUUAUAUUCCUCCUGCAAAUUUGAAUCCAGAUAUUCUCCCAUUCAGCUGCCAGUGGAUACUCUCUGUGUUGAAUAAAACCAUAUCCAAAACAGUGAAUUCUCUAGAAUCAUCUGAGUUCUCACAAGCUACCACUGCUGUAUAUUCAUGGUGGCAGUAUCAAUUGUGUGAUGUAUUUAUUGAAGCCAUCAAGCCUUACUUCACUGCUGGUAAUGAUCUCAAGUAUGCUUCUGAGAGACGCUUUGCACAAGAUACUUUGUGGUUUUGUCUGGACAAUGGGCUGCGGUUGCUUCAUCCCUUUAUGCCUUUUGUCACGGAAGAAUUGUGGCAGCGCCUUCCUUCGUCCAAGGAAUGUAAGAGAGCAGAAUCUAUCAUGAUAUGCGACUAUCCAUCAACUGUAGAGAGUUGGAAUAAUGAAAAGGUGGAGAAUGAGAUGGACCUUGUUGAGUCUACUGUUAAGUCUCUCAGGUCACUGGCAAAAGAAAGACGUGACAGGCGGGCGGCUUUUGUUCUCUGCCGAACACCGGUGGUUACAGAGAUUAUGAACAGCCAUCAACUGGAGAUUGUAACACUAGCUAAUCUAUCCUCUUUGACUGUCACUGAAAAUGAAGCUGUUCCAUCUGGAUAUGUUGAUGCUGUUGUAAAUGAAAGCCUUUCUGUUUAUCUAGAGCUUCAAGGAGCUAGUUCUGCAGAACUAGAGGAAGCAAAGAAGAAGAAGAUAGAUGAGCUGAACAAGCAAAUAGAAAGAUUAGAGAAGAUCAUGAAUGCUCCAGGUUAUAGAGAGAAGGUUUCACCAGAGAUUGGAGCCAAGAACCAGGAGAAGCUAGAUUCCCUAAAAGAGCGUUUAUUGCUUGAGGAAGCGGCUGGUCUCAGUCUCACUUCAAAGUAAUGUAACUUGUAUGAAGAACGCAAGGAAAAAGGUCCAUCAGGAGUUGAAGCUUUGCUUACAGUUCACACCGAGUAUUUUUAUUGGCUGUGGUGCACUAUCUUCUAGUAAGUUAAUGGAAAUUUUGGUAUUUGUACAAUUGUUUGUUCAGACUACGAUUCUUGUAAUCAUUUUUUUUUAUUGGAGGUUGACAAUGCACUCCGGUAUUACCUGUUAAGGAACUUGUUUGCAAUUUUGGAAUUAGAUUAUUAUGGUAUAAUUAUACAAUGUAGUGAAUGUACACCCUGAGUAUAACAGUCGUUUAUGGAA